AUGGCCAACUCAUCACAGUCUGAGCCAGACUGCUGGACCACUGUGGGCUGGGCUGCGUGCAGCCGAGCCUGCUUUGAGAAGGCAAAACAGGCAGUGAUGUACAAUGGACCACGGAGACUGGGCUUGACGCACUUCUCCUCCUCGCCUAUGGGGGCUGUCUGGGAGUUCCGCAAGACUGCCGUGAGGAGCCUUGGGGGCACGUUGUCCAGCAGCGUGCUGCCACGCAAGAAGGCUUUGAGGAGCAGUUCCACGGCUGAGAAGAUGGAGGUUGCCCUCAACGAUCCAAAUUUUGUGAUCUUCCAGCUUGUCACCAAGGAUAACAUUCCAGCUUUGCUAGGCCGCAAGGUUCUAUCGUACCAGCCCGAUGGGUCCUAUGUUUUUGCGGCUGGGCAGUGUCCUUUUCUCCCAGAUGCUGCCUUCACUGACUACUUCAAGCUGAAAGUCAGGCACUGCACAAUCCAGCCUUCUAUUUGUGGCGAAUGGGCAGCCAAGCAGGAGGUGAAGGUCCAAGGUCCAAGGUCCAAGCUGUUCAAGUAUUACAUUGCGAUCGAUGACCUUCUCAAUGAGAACAGCUUGGAAGAGGCUGAUGUGGCCCCAUUGCUGUGGCUGUUGGGGCAGAAUGCGACCUCGACAGAUCACCCUUUCAGCCCAGAAGGAGAGAUUGUCUAUCCACUGUGCAGCAGCUCACAGCAGGCCAUGGCUCUGGGCUUUUUUGCGUACAAACGCACAAACCUCAAGCUGGUGGAGAUCGCGUACCCUGGAUUGAUCGGCAGCAAGGCACCCAUCGCGCACCCUAUGGGUGCGUCUUGGCUGCUUGGGUUGGACAUGUUGUCUGAGUUGCGGGAGGCAAAGAAGGUGGAGCUGAGGUUUGCGCCCUAUGAAGUGUGCAAGAAUGAUGUGACCAAAGGCUUCUUGACAUCGGCUGACUUGUACCAGGACUGUCAGAGGGUCAGCUUGAGGAAGCGCAAGCUUGCUUUGGUUGCUGAGGUGGCUGAGAUGAAGAGUCAAUUGCAAGAAAAGGAGAGCGAGCUGGACCAGAUUCAGGCAUCUUUGAAGGACAGCUCAGUUCGCAAAGAGCUGCCGAAAGCUUUCCCUCCUGCCAAGCAGAUGCACAAGUGCGCGCCUUUAAGCAUAGCGGCCGAUGUGAAGAUGGCUGACAGCGUGGGCUUCAAGGAGCUGGCUUGCAUCUACGAGGCUACGGGAAAUGCUUUGUGGCUUCAGACAGGAGCCUUUGCAGCCAGCCCACGGGAUAACAUCAACUGGGCAUCUCUGGAAGCCUUUACUGAGAAGUUUUUUUCCAAGCGUGUGGCCUUCAAGUCCACAGUGACUAGAUCUCUUUCUGCUUCAAAGAAGCAGAAGGGCGAAAAAAAGCGGUUGAUUUGGCCAUCUGUGAUGAUUUCGAUCGUGGACAACAUGAAGGCUGCUUUGGUGGAAUCUCCGGACGCGGGCAUCCCAUUGAUUCCAACAGGCCAGUUCGUGCUGUGGUCAUGGUUCUUGGCCUUGCACAACGCGAUCAAAGCUGCUGACAAAGAGCAUUUGGACCUCCUUUGGGAGGCUGGCCUGACAGUCACAUUGCAAGUUCGCUUUUGCGCAGGAGAUAAGGAAAAGUGCUUAGCCAGGAAUUUGCAAUCAGAAGCGAUCAAAGCACUUGGCCAUGCAUCCUUGUCAGACAGCUUUGUCACGUUUGCUGUCGCUGUCAAGACUAUGGGCAUUGACAAGGUUCAAGCCGGUGUGGACUUGUGUCUUGCGUACAAUGGAACUGUCUACAAUGCUGCCAUCCACAAAGCGUCGCUGUUGCUGGCCAGUGUCCUUGAGGAUUCCAGCAGAGCGGUUGAGAGUGCUCUUUUCGCAUUGGAGUUGCAGUACGGCCGAGACAUCCUCAGCAGUGAAUACUCCAAGCUCAGCAAACUUAUUGCUCACAGCAAGUCCAUGGCAUGUUCAUGGUCCAGAGUCCACGGUCCAACUUCACCCUAUGAGUUCGUGGCAUGGCUGUUGCGCAUGCUAGUGCUAGCUUUCCAGACGAAGCUUCGGCCUCCAGCAAAAGCAACAGAACAAUGGCUCGACAAGGAUCGGAAGACAGGCCUCCCUGGUUUCUGGCAAGCUGCGGCCGUGGUUCUCCAGGUAUUUGAAUAUGCUGACAAGCUCUUGGCACGGCUUCCUGAGGCUGACGCUGACAAGGCUGCAAAGGUGUUGGACGAGUUGCUGGAUCCAUGCAGCUGCUGGGACAAGUUCUUGAGGCCAGGGGACAAAUCAUCUUUGCCGGACUGCUUUCACGAGGAUGAUGUGGAGGAUGAGGAGGGCGUCGUCAUUGUUCCUGCUGGCCCCAUGGCCUCUGUCAAGGAAAGCUUCAACAAAGCAACAGGGAUGCUUUUUGACCUUCUCUUGGAGCUAGUUUCGGGCAAGCGCCUUGCUGAUUGUCAGCACAUAGCGGCCCAACCUGCAGGUCUGGUGAAAGCUUUGGCCGAGGUCCAAGGCGAGCAUGCAGAUGAUGCUGUGGAGCUUCUGAAGCAGCUGCACCUGAUCACAACUUUGUUUGAAGGCCAUGCGACCAAGUCUGUCUCUGCAAGCACCGAUGCAUUCCUGGCCUCUUUUCGUGGAUGCGGAAAAGUCUUUGCCCAUGGCGGGGUCCUCAACACGAGCCACAGGCUGUUCGUAGCUUCCGCAGACCUUCUGGUGGAACAGGGCGAGGAGCCAUGGGCCAUGGCAUCAGUCCCACCGCAAGCGCUUUGGAAGGAGAUGGUGGGAUUUAUGGCAGCUACUGCAAGUGGUCCUGCUGAUUUCAUCAUGGCCUUCGAUGGACGGAUGCGCGAGGUGCGUCGGUGGAGCGUUCCUUGA